AUGGAGGAGGCAACAAACGUCGCGUACCAUCCUAGCUACGGUUUCUCUCGGACACACCUACAAGCGUUUACCAACAAGCAACGCGAGCGUAUGGCAAAGGGAAGAGCCGCAUACAGAGAAAGUCAAGGAUUACCAGCAAGAAGGGCAACAGGACAAGCCGCACAAACACAACAAGUGGAAACGCAGCUGGCAGAAUUGCAAGCCGAAAUAGCAUCAAUCAGAUCCAACAACAUGCCUGCUGCAAUUCCGGCAAAAGCAGCCACGCAGAUAUCACAAGUGACUAUGGGAACGACUGGAACUACAGCAAUGGGCAGACGCAACCAACAGACAAACAACCAACAGGCAAGCGGCAGAACCUGA